GAACUUCGUAGCAGUCCUCCUUUUUAGGAAAAAGAGGGGGGCAAGCCCUCCCCCACCACCUCCUUCUCCCGUAGCGCACCACACACAGCGCGCGGGCUGCUCGGCACCGGCGGCCCCAUUGCCCCUUGCCUGCAUUUAUCAAGCUGCUUUUUUUUUUCCUUCGGAAAACGCAUUGGCCCUUCGGAGUUUAAUAAGAAGAGGAUAACCCGUCCCUGUCCCCCUCGCUCUUCCAUCGUCCCCCUCGCGUGUCUCUCUCCCGUGGAGGUCUGAAGCGGUCCGGUGGAUACGGGUCCAUGCCUGCGCUCGAGUGUGUGUGCGUGUGCUAGUGUAAAUUGCCGAGAAGGGGGAGAAAUCACAGGACUUCUGCAAAUGCUGCACUGAAAAUUGUAAUUCAUCUGCUGCCGCCACUGCCUUUUUGCCCCGCUGCGGUGCUCUUGAGAUCUCCGGUUGGAAUUCCUACGGAUUGACAUUCUCAGUGAAGCCAGAGUGUGGGGACGCAAUCUGGAAACCCUCCUGAUUUUCACGCCACCUAGCCCCCACUCCCCCAACUCCUGAUUCAUUGCAAGUUUCAAAGAAGCGAAUACAAGGAGACUUCUGAAGAUCGAUGGUGUCGCUGCCUUAUGUAUUUGUUUGGGUUUUACCAAAAAGGGGGAAACUUGACAGAAGACCAUGCCGUCCUUAAACAAAUACAGUAAGUUCUUUGCACAGGAAUUUGGUUUAGUGUAACUUUCAAUGGACGCAUUUGAAAUAUUUUUUGCUUAAAGUGCAUUCGAGCAAAUUUAAUUUCCAGACAGUUUAAUGCAUUUUCUUUAGCGUGUAACUCGUACUGGAUUUGUCCUUCUUCCCCUGUGUGUAUAAAAGAAAACACACCUGAUUUUAACUUGCUCGGUCGUCCUGCCUCCUCACCUUUCAGCAUUGCAGAGGAAGUAGACUGAUAUUAACAAAGCUUAAUAAAUAAUGUGCCUCAUGAAAUAAAGAGCUGAAAGGAAUCUGAAUAAAAAUUUCCUGCAUCUCAUGCCAAGGGGGAAACACCAGAGUCAAGUGUUCCUGUGACUAAAACACCCCCUCAUCCAAGAAUGCAAAGCACAUCCAAUAAAAGCGCUGGAUUAUAACUAUUCCUUUUUUUUUUUUUUUCUUUCGGGGCCGUGGGGCGGGAGCCGGGACACGUAGUGCUGUUGGUACCUGCAGCUUUUUUUCGGGGAAGGAUGGCGCAAGCCGGGAGAACAGGGUAUGAUAACAGGGAGAUCGUGAUGAAGUACAUCCAUUAUAAGCUGUCACAGAGGGGCUACGAGUGGGAUACAGGAGAUGCGGACACCGCGCCCCCAGGGGCCGCCCCCACCCCUGGCAUCUUCUCCUUCCAGCCUCAGAGCAACCCAACGGCUGCUGUGCACCGGGAUACUGCUGCCAGGACGUCGUCUCUAAGGCCCUUAGUUGCCACAGCUGGGCCUGCGCUCAGCCCUGUGCCACCUGUGGUCCACCUGACCCUCCGCCGAGCUGGGGAUGACUUCUCCCGCCGCUACCGACGCGACUUCGCAGAGAUGUCCAGUCAGCUGCACCUGACGCCCUUCACCGCGAGGGGACGCUUUGCCACGGUGGUGGAAGAACUCUUCAGGGAUGGGGUGAACUGGGGGAGGAUUGUGGCCUUCUUUGAGUUCGGUGGGGUCAUGUGUGUGGAGAGCGUCAACAGGGAGAUGUCACCGCUGGUGGACAAUAUCGCCCUGUGGAUGACUGAGUACCUGAACCGGCAUCUGCACACCUGGAUCCAGGAUAACGGAGGCUGGGAUGCCUUUGUGGAACUAUAUGGUCCCAGCAUGCGGCCUCUGUUUGAUUUCUCCUGGCUCUCUCUGAAGACCCUGCUCAGCCUGGCCCUGGUGGGGGCCUGCAUCACUCUGGGUGCCUACCUGGGCCACAAAUGAGGUCCACAGACCUGCCCCAAACAAAUAUGCAAAAGGUUCACUAAAGCAGUAGAAAUAAUAUGCAUUAUCAGCAAUGUACCAUGAAACAAAGUUGUGAUCUUUUUUAAAAGCAGAACAUACAUACACG